AUGGCAACUGACCACGCCCCCCUCCCAGAGGCCGCGCCCGUCCCCAUGGCAACCCCGCGCGCCCUCUGUCGCUAUGGGCUGAUCCGGGGGGUGCUGCCGUUCGGGCUGGCACAGUGGGAUCUGGGGCUGGCACAGUGGGAUCUGGCACAGAGGGAUUGGGGGCUGAUCCGGGGGGCGCUGCCGUUCGGGCUGGCGCGCCGGGAGCUGGCGUGCGAGGGGUACCCGCUGGAGCUGCGCUGCCCCGGCAGCGACGUCGUGCUGGUGGCCGACGCCAACUACGGCCGCACCGACGACAAAAUCUGCGACGCCGACCCCGGGCAGAUGGCGAACGUGCAGUGCUACCUGCCCCAGGCACAGCCCAUCAUGGCCCAGAGGUGCAAUAACCGCACUCAGUGCGUGGUGGUCGCCGGCUCCGACGCCUUCCCCGACCCCUGCCCGGGCACCUACAAAUACCUGGAGGUGCAGUACGACUGCGUGCCCUACAUUUUCGUCUGCCCGGGGGUGCCGCAGCGCGUGGGGCCGGCGCUGUCCACGCACGAGUCUCCGCACCAGGCGGGCGGCUGGUGCCGGGACCCGCUGCAGUCGGGGGACCGGCUCUACGUGCUGCCCUGGGUGCCGUACCGCACCGACACGCUCACCGAGUACGCCUCCUGGGCCGACCUGGUGGGCGCCCGGCCCGCGGCCACGCACCGGCUCCCGCACCGCGCCGACGGCACCGGCUUCGUGGUGUACGACGGCGCCGUGUUCUACAACAAGGAGCGCACCCGCAGCAUCGUCAAGUACGACCUGCGCACCCGCAUCAAGAGCGGCGAGACCGUGGUGGGCGCCGCCAACUAUCACGACACGUCUCCCUACCGCUGGGGCGGCAAGACCGACAUCGACCUGGCGGUGGACGAGGAGGGGCUCUGGGUCAUCUACGCCACCGAGGGCAACGGCGGGCGGCUGGUGGUGAGCCAGCUGAACCCCUACACGCUGCGCCUGGAGGGCACCUGGGAGACCGGCUACGCCAAGCGGGCGGCCUCGGACGCCUUCAUGGCCUGCGGGGUGCUCUACGUGGUGCGCAGCGUCUACCUGGACGACGACACGGAGCACCUGGGCAACGCGCUGGUCUACGCCUUCGACACGCGGCGCGGGCGCGGCUCGGCGCUGGCGCUGCCCUUCCCCAACCCGUACCAGUUCGUGGCCUCGGUGGGCUACAACCCCCGCGACAACCAGCUGUACGUGUGGAACAACCACUUCUUGCUGCGCUACGGCCUCGACUUCGCGCCCCUGGACGGCGACGGCAUCGCCUCCUUCCAGUGCCUGCUGGGGCUGGGGGUGUGGAACCCCCGCGGGCCCGACCUGAGCAACUGCACCAGCCCCUGGGUCAACCAGGUGGCCCAGAAGAUCAAGAGCGGGGAGAACGCGGCGUCCAUCGCGGGGGAGCUGGCGCGGCACACGCGGGGCCCGGUGUUCGCGGGGGACGUCAGCUCGGCCGUGCGGCUGCUGGAGCAGCUCCUGGACAUCCUGGACGCGCAGCUGCAGGCGCUGCGCCCGCUCGAGAGGGAGUCCGCGGGGAAGAACUACAACAAGAUGCACAAGCGGGAGCGAACCUGCAAGGAUUACAUCAAGGCCGUGGUGGAGGCCGUGGACAACCUGCUGCGUCCGGAGGCGCUGGAGUCGUGGCGGGACAUGAACGGCUCGGAGCAGGCGCACACGGCCACCAUGCUGCUGGACGUGCUCGAGGAGGGCGCCUUCCUGCUCGCCGACAACGUCAAGGAGCCCGCGCGCUUCCUGGCCGCCCGACAGAACCUGGUGCUGGAGGUGUCGGUGCUCAACACCGAGGGGCCCCUCCAGGAGCUCGUGUUCCCGCAGGAGCUGGGGGGUGACGGCUCCAUCCAGCUCUCGGCCAGCACCCUCAAACAGAACAGCAGGAACGGGGUGGUGAAGGUUGUCUUCAUCCUGUACAACAACCUGGGGCUGUUCCUGCCCACCGAGAACGCCACUGUGCGGCUCGGGGGGGACGGGGGGCCCCGCGCCCCCCAGCUCGUGGUCAACUCCCAGGUCAUCGCCGCCUCCAUCAACAAAGAGUCCAGCAGGGUCUUCCUGCGGGACCCCGUGGUCUUCACCCUGCCCCACCUGGAGACCAAGAACCACUUUGGGGCCAACUGCUCCUUCUGGAACUACUCGGAGCGCUCCAUGGCUGGGCACUGGUCGAGCCAGGGCUGCCGCCUGCUGCGCUCCAACGGCACCCACAGCUCGUGCGCCUGCAGCCACCUGACCAACUUCGCCCUGCUGAUGGCCCGCAGCCAGAGCUUCCCGGGGCGGCUGAACGAGGUGCUGCUGUCGGUGAUCACCUGGGCGGGGAUCCUGGUGGCCCUGCUGUGCCUGGGCCUGUCCAUCUCGGCCUUCUGCUGCCUGCGGGGGCUGCCCUCGGAGCGCACCACCAUCCACAAGAACCUCUGCAUCAGCCUCUUCCUCGCCGAGCUGCUCUUCCUCGUGGGCAUCGACAAGACGCAGUACCAGGUGGCCUGUCCCAUCUUCGCCGUGCUGCUGCACUAUUUCUUCCUGGCGUCAUUCUCGUGGCUGUGCCUGGAGGGCGUUCACCUGUACCUGCUGCUGCUCGAGGUGUUCGACAGCGACCCCGCCCGCCGCAAGUACUACUACGCGGGGGGGUACUUCUUCCCCGCCGUCGUGGUGGCCGUGGCCGCCGCCGUGGACCACCGCAGCUACGGCACCGACCAGGCGUGCUGGCUGCGGGUGGACAAUUAUUUCAUCUGGAGCUUCAUCGGGCCUGUGGCCUUCGUCAUCCUCGUGACGCUGGUGUUCCUGCUGGUGACCCUGCACAAGAUGCUGCGCAGCUCGGCCGCCCUCAAACCCGACUCCAGCCGCCUGGACAGCAUCAGGUCGUGGGCGCUGGGGGCCAUCGCGCUGCUGCUGCUGCUGGGGCUCACCUGGGCCUUCGGGCUGCUCUUCGUCACCCGCGAGUCUGUGCUGACGGCGUCGCUGUUCACAGCCUGCAACGCCCUGCAGGGCACCUUCAUCUUCCUCUUCCACUGCGCCCUCCAGAAGAAGGUGCACCGGGAGCUCAGCAAGUGCCUGCGGCACUCGGGGUGUUGCCUCAGGGGCCCCCCCGGCACCUCCCUGGGCGCCCUCAAACCCUCGGCCGCCCGCGCCCACCCCUGGUACUACAGCUGCACCCAGAGCCGGAUCCGGAGGAUGUGGAAUGACACGGUCCGGAAACAGACGGAGUCCAGUUUUAUGGGGGGGGACCUGAACAGCACCCCAACCUUGAACCGAGGCUCCGCAGGGUCGCACCUCCUGCCCAACCCGGUGCUGCCGCCGCGGGGGGGGUCGAGCCCCUACAACACCCUCCUGGCCGAGGGGGGGGGCUUCACCCCCGCCUCCCCCCCCGCCUUCACCGCCCCAGCACCCCCUGGCUGCCCCCACCACCUCGGCCCCCAAAACUCCCCCAACAACCUCACAGAGGGGGACAGCCCCGAGACCUUCGGGGGGCCCGAGGGGGGCGCGGGGGGGGCCGAGCCCGACGGGCAGAUGCAGCUGGUGACCAGCCUGACCCCCGCCCUGCACGAGGAGGCAGCACCGAGCAACGAGCCGGCCUUGCACGAGGACAUGGCCGCCGCCAGAGGGGACAGCCAGUCCCAGGGCCCGGCCUUGCACGAGGAGCCGUG